AUGGGACUCAUCUGUCAUCUAAAUCGGUCUCUCUCUUACACUUGUUUUAUUUUAACAGUUUCUGCGCUGAAAUGCUAUUACUGUAACGCUGAUGGAUCAGCAGCCAAUAGUUUUGACAACUGUUAUAAUGUGUAUACCUGUGAUGACUCAGACCUGCCAGACGGUGGUCCAUAUGAAGCUUGUACUACCUACUCAUAUUACACUGAUAAGCUGUAUGUGUUGAAAGGAUGUUACCGCAGUGCUAUCAACACCGACAAGUACAGUUAUGAAUACUGCCUUUCUGAACAGAUGGACGUCUACUGUAAUACGGACCAUGAUACCUGGAACUGUCUUGACUGCUGCAAAACGGAUCUCUGCAAUAAUGCGAUGGGUGUUACCAUGGCAACAUUCAAUUUAUUAGGCAUUGUUUUCGGAUCGGUCACAUAUUUGCUACUUUUUGUUUAAGUACGUUAGGUGAUGUUACG